GAAGUCGCCAUCGUAAACAUUUUACAUGUGUGAAUCGUAGUGCGCAAGCGCUGUGCUUCGAAAAAUUUUCUAUUGUGGUGCUAAACUGGACAUACGACUUUGCAGUUUGAAUUUCUGUAUUAUUUUCAAGGCAGUCUUUUUGUUUUUAACUGCUUGGAGUAUAAAUGAGCGGCACGGAUCAAGCAGCUUUGCUGUUAAAGAAGCAAUUAAAAGAAUUGAACAGAAAAGGUACAGAAGGAUUCUCAGCUGGCCUUAUUGACGAUGAAGAUUUGUUCAAAUGGGAAGUGACGAUAUUCGGACCUCCAGAUACUUUCUAUGAAGGAGGUUUUUUCAGAGCAGAAUUGCACUUUCCUAAGGAAUAUCCACAAAAACCACCAAAAAUGAAAUUUACUUCCGAAAUUUGGCAUCCAAAUGUUCACAAGAAUGGUGAUGUUUGUAUUUCCAUCUUACAUGAACCUGGAGAGGAUAAAUUUGGUUAUGAAACUGCAUCAGAGAGAUGGUUACCUGUACAUACAGUUGAAUCAAUAUUGAUGAGUGUCAUAUCGAUGAUCACUGAUCCUAAUGAUGAAUCUCCAGCAAAUGUUGAUGCAGCGAAAGAAUGGCGAGAGGACUAUAAUGGCGCUUUUAGGAAACGCGUUCAACGUUGCGUAAGACGGAGUCAAGAAAAUUUAUAAUGUAGAAAAAUAGGGAUGUGAUUGAUAAGGUCUGAAGACGACGAUGUACCUUGGGGCUGCAAAGGGAAAUGCAUUUAAAUGUUUGUGAAAUCUAUGAGAAAUCUAAAGAUUAUAAUGUUCUCUUUUUAUUUAUACGUGAAAUUACUUAAUUCUUUAUGAAAGGACAAAGAAGUGUUUUUAUAAUUUCCUCAUUUAAACUUGCGUAUAUAUACAUCAAUUGUAGCAUUGAAAUUUUGCUGAAAUUUUGCUGUGUGUAUGUUUAGAAAUUUUGCUGUGUGUAUGUUUAUAGAUGGUGGUAUUUUGACAUUGGGUUAAGAUAAGUUUUCCCUCAUAGUUGGUUAGUAACCUAGAUCGUUUUGUAUGAAAUAUGUUGUGAAGUAUGUGCCAAACUGAUGUCAAGCAACUAUUUGUUUAAAACUUUGAACACUUGCUCUCUAUUGCAAUUUUAUUCAAAGUCGAGCAUUUUUGUGAAAGAUACAAAGUCAGAGAGUAUUUUUAAGUCUCAGGGUUGGAUGCAUACGGCAUGAAAAUUUAAGUAAUUAGUAAUUUGUCGACCACGUACUGGGAAACAUUGGUUACAUUUUUUAUAACUUUUAUUUGUAACACAAAUUUUUUCAUGAAGAUUUAGAAACGGUCUUUUGGCUAGUUAAAUAUGCAACAACAUAUUAUAAGACUUCUUGUAAACUUAAACAUAGUCUGGAAGGAGGGUUAGAGCGGUACCUGUGUACAAACCUUUUGUUUGCUCAGAUGAUUUUGAUAUUACAAAAUAUACAUUCUAGCUUUGUUUAAAAUAUUAAACAUAGAAUGUUUCAUGUACACGGCCAUUCAUACGAACAAAAUAAUUCAUGGUCAUGUUGAACUCUAAUUCUUUGAACGAAAGAGUUGCUCCGUUCCUUGAAAAAUUAAUUUAUGUAAAAGUAUUUGGAAAAAUGUUUAAUAAUUAUUAGAAUAACGUUUUGAAAGAAGCUGUUCUGCUCAUGGUUAAUGGUUUUGUCGUUGUAUACUUUGAUUACUCGUAGUCCCCUUUUUAUUUUUGCUCUGCCCGCUUUAGGUAUUUAAGUACUUUUGAGAUACCUGUACAAUUGUAUGAAAAUGUUACUGUUUGUAAUGAAACAUAAAGUACAACAUUAUUUCUUCUUCCCUCAUGUUAGCUUGUAACGGAAACAAGCUAAGACUUUAUAUAGUCACAAACAAAACAUUUUUUGUUCGUAUGAAUGUAUCGUACCUUCCAGCGGUGUGCUGCAUCUUUCCCUCCCCAUCACAUACAUACUGAUAGUAAAAUGACUAGUGAAUGAAUGUUUGACGUGUUUAUAUUGUAAUGCAUUUAGCACCAGUAAACUCUUGUACAUUUGUUAUGAAUAAAAUAGGUAUUUUCUCUUGUGUUUUUUUGUCA